GCCGGGCGCGGUGGCGGCGCCGUCCCUCGGCGCCCGAGCUCGGGGCCCCCCGCCCCGCUCAUGAAUAUUGAUGUCUCCCCUCCCCGUGACGUCGCCGCGGUCCCGGGGCGGGAGCCGGAGCCGCCCCGGUGUUGGCCGCGAGGGCGAAUGAGGGAGCGGCGGCAGGCUCCUUCCCGCCUCCCUGCCCGCCGCCUCGCGCCGCAGCCAGCCGGAGCCGCGCAGGGCGCCGCGUCGCGCGUGGAGGGCCGGCGCCGCGGCGGGGAUGCGGCGGCGCUGCGGGGGGCCGGCGGCGCUGCUGCUGCUGUUGCUGCUGGGGCCGCUGCUCGGGCCGCCGGGCUGUCUGCUCGCCGCCAAAGUGAACAAGCAUAAACCCUGGAUUGAGACAUCGUACCAUGGAAUCAUAACCGAAAAUAAUGACACCGUAAUUUUGGAUCCUCCUCUUGUUGCUUUGGAUAAGGAUGCACCUGUUCCCUUUGCAGGUGAGAUAUGUGCUUUUAAAAUUCAUGGACAAGAAAUGCCCUUUGAAGCUGUUGUGCUAAACAAGACAUCUGGAGAAGGUCGUCUUCGAGCAAAAAGUCCUAUUGAUUGUGAGCUGCAGAAAGAAUACACAUUCAUCAUUCAAGCCUAUGACUGUGGAUCAGGACCAAGUGGAGUAAACUGGAAGAAAUCUCACAAGGCAGUUGUCCAUAUCCAAGUAAAGGAUGUUAAUGAGUUUUCACCAGCUUUCAAGGAGAGUAUGUAUAAGGCCACCGUCACAGAGGGAAAGAUCUAUGACAGCAUACUGCAGGUGGAAGCCAUAGAUGAGGACUGUUCCCCGCAGUACAGCCAGAUCUGCAAUUAUGAAAUUGUCACAACAGAUGUUCCUUUUGCUAUUGACAGAAAUGGUAACAUCAGAAACACUGAGAAGCUAAACUAUGAUAAACAGCAUCAGUAUGAGAUAAUGGUAACAGCUUUUGACUGUGGACAAAAACAUGCAAGAGAAGAUGUCUUAGUACAAGUUAACGUCAAACCAGUGUGCAAACCAGGCUGGCAAGAUUGGAACAAACGUAUUGAAUACAAGCCUGGCUCCGGCAGCAUACCUUUGUUUCCCAGUAUUCAUCUAGAAACGUGUGAUGGUCCAGUUUCAUCAACACAUACAACGAUCGAAUUGCAGACCAAUUAUAUUGGAAAAGGCUGUGAUCGUGAAACCUACUCAGAAAAAUCUCUGCAGAAACUAUGUGGAGCAUCCUCAGGUGCCAUUGACCUCUUACCAUCUCCCAGUGCAACAACUAACUGGACAGCCGGGCUUCUCAUGGAUAACAAUGACAUGAUUUUUAAAUUUGAUGGAAAACAAGGAGCCAAAAUUCCAGAUGGUAUAGUCCCAAAGAAUUUAACUGAUCAAUUCACCAUCUCUCUGUGGAUGAAACAUGGACCUAGCCCAGGACUGAGAGCUGAGAAAGAGACUAUUCUCUGCAACUCUGACAAGACAGAGAUGAACCGACAUCACUAUGCCUUGUACGUGCACAACUGCCGAUUAGUGUUUCUAUUGCGUAAAGACUUUGAUCAGGCUGACACCUUCCGCCCUGCAGAAUUCCACUGGAAACUGGAUCAGAUUUGUGAUAAAGAAUGGCAUUACUAUGUUGUCAAUGUUGAGUUUCCUGUUGUUACCUUAUACAUGGAUGGAUCAACAUAUGAACCUUACCUUGUGACCAACGAUUGGCCUAUCCACCCUUCACACAUAGCCAUGCAGCUGACAGUCGGUGCUUGCUGGCAAGGAGGUGAAGUCACCAAGCCUAGGUUUGCUCAGUAUUUCCAUGGCAGCCUAGCCAGUCUUACUAUCCGUCCUGGAAAAAUUGAGAGUCAGAAAGUGAUUUCCUGUUUGCAGGCCUGCAAGGAAGGUCUGGAUAUUAAUUCACUUGAGAGUCUUGGCCAAGGAGUGAAGUAUCACUUCAACCCUUCCCAGUCAGUCCUUGUCAUGGAAGGAGAUGACAUUGAGAAUAUAAAUCGAGCUCUCCGAAAGGUCUCUUACAUCAACUCUAGGCAGUUUCCUACUGCAGGCGUACGACGUCUCAAAGUCUCAUCUAAAGUCCAAUGUUUUGGUGAAGAUGUCUGCAUUAAUAUCCCAGAUAUCGAUGCAUAUGUAAUGGUGCUUCAGGCCAAUGAGCCCAAGAUUACAAUAAGUGGGAUGGACCACUUUGCUAGACCAGCGGCGCAAUUUGAAAGUGAAAGAGGUGUCAUUCUGCUUCCUGACAUCAGGAUUGCCAGCACCGUCACAAAAAUGGAGCAUUCCAAAAAAAAUGAUGGAGCCAAUAAGCCAGUGGUCUUGGAGGAAAUGCUCCACAACUUGGAUUUCUGUGAUGUUUUGGUCAGUGGUGCAGAACUGGAUCCUGAACAGGAGUGUUUAGAACUAGAUCGUACUGAGCUUCAAGGAAAACAUCUAGAUGCCACAAAUUCCACAGCAGGAUAUUCAAUCUACGGUGUGGACACCAUGCACAACUAUGAACAAGUUCUUCAGCAGAUUCGAUAUCGUAACUGGUACACUUCUGCCACCUUUGAAAGAAAGUUCAGAGUCAAGUGCUCUGAGCUGAAUGGGCAUUACACUAGCAAUGAAUUUAACUUGGAGGUUAAUAUUCUACACAGCACCAACUCCAACUAUAUGGACCAUGUAAACCAUGUGAUUGUACAGCCACACUUUCUCCAGUCAGUCCACCAUCCAGAGGAAAGCAUAAGUACUGUUCACAACUCAGUUGUUCCACGUGUGGCUACUGUUGUUAUUGCAAUCUGUGUGAGCGUACUCAUUUCCAUUAUAGCCGUGGGAGUCUAUAGAAUUCGGACAGCCCAGCAGCACAGCUCUACAGACAACGAAAGCAGUAAGGAAAAUGAAAUGGAUUGGGACGAUUCUGCUCUGACUAUUACUGUCAACCCCAUGGAGAAAUAUGAAAAGCCUCACCGGGCAGAAGAGGAGAGCGAAGAGGAAGAUGAUGAAGAGGAAGAUACGACCAGUGCUGAAUCGGAUGAGAGUGAGGAGGAGGAGGACGAGGAGGAAGAGGAGGAAGCGACUGUCCAAAAGAGAGGCAAGCAGAAUUUCACCAGGCAAGAGCAGUUGGAGUGGGAUGAUUCAACACUCCCGUACUAACAGCUCUUGAGCUACACUGCUCCUUUUGUAACCACCAAUACAAUGUUUUUUCAGUCUAUGAAUUCAUUGACAGGAUUUGAACUUCUGCUUGUCUGUAAAUGUUUUGCCUAAAAUGAUCUUGUUAUAGUAAUUGAUAAUGAUAGAACUGAUCCUUUUCCUACAAAGGCUGGAGAUCACAUGGUACAAUCAUACUGGCAUUGCCAGUUCAAAAGUAAUCUAGAACUUAAUCGGUUAAGCAAGCAUCAGGUUCAAUUUCUUCUUUCUGUACCACAAGUCUGUGACAAAAGUGUUGUCACUCAGUCCAUAGAGUUUUUUUUGCCUUUGCUAUUUUUUCAGACAGGAGAGAUUUCAGCUUGUUAUGAAGAAUUACCUGUGUGGGUCCAAAUAACGCAGCUGCCCUUUGGCUUCACACAUUUACAGGUGUAACAUAACAUAAUAUAAUCCCACUUCAAAUUAGGAGAGUUUUAGUGCUACAGGUGACAGAGCCUGAAUUCCAUUUGUUGUCUCUUCCUGCCUUGGAUGUUAACUGUCUUCUACAAGGGAAUAUAUUUAAGACUUGAAAUGGGAUGCACAUAUGCCUGUGUAGAAAUGGACAGUGUAUUUUUCAAGAAUGCUGUCAGAACCAUGAAGAGAGAUUGCAUAUGAUGCAUAGAAGCUGAAGAAAGUGGAUGCUGAAGGUUACCGGGAAAAAAAAAAAUCAUUCUACGUCCACAAAUGAAAUGAUCUUACACAAACAGUAAAUUCUAAUUGAAUUGAUAUACUGAAAACCUGUAAAGCUACUCAUUAGUUAUGGAUUGAACAAUUUGCAGCAAAUUGAUGCUUUAACCGUCUAGUAAAAUCAUUAGCUUGCUGCAGUAGUUAUUGCUGAAAUAGUGGAAAAUAAGUGACCUCCUUAUACCAUGGAUAUGUACGCUUGGGAUUUAAACAAUGAUUUUUUUAAUGAGGAAAAUGUUCCCUUCUGCUUUGCCGAGUGCCAGCUGGAAUUCCUGUCUGGCUUUAUUCUAUAGAAAAGUAUGCCCCACUCUGAGUGACACAACAGAAAGUGACAACACAACUGUCAGCCCACUGCUGGGCUCAUAAUUCUCCCUUAUUUCUUCUUCCUGAAGCCAUUAUUGUUAAGAAAAGGUUUUAUAAAAUAGAACCAGGAUAACUAAAACCUACCUGGAACCAAAAGAAGUUGAAAAAAACUCAUAAAUGGUUGAGAGAGUAUUUUAGUUAUGGUAACACAGCAUAUUUUUCUUAUACACUGUUAAAAGAGAAAAAAAAAGCUAUGUACAAUGUGUUGCUAAGUCUGUGUGAUGUGUUUUCUGUCCCCAUUCCUUAAUAAUCCAUCUUCAAAUGUUCUGCAUACCAAGUAAUGCAGCACUUGCUAGGAUAACUGUUCUAAUGCAUAAAAACCAAAAUGGCAUGGAAGUGAAUGCUGCCUAGUGGCUUUUCUGCUGCAUAGUUCCUUUUAUUUACUAUUUUAUCACUGACCUUUGUAAUUUGCUGUUUAAAAUGAGCUAUGUCCUCUUCUCUCUCCCAAAGAAACAAGCGGUUGGUCUUGACUUAAUAGGAUGUUCCUGAGCACCUAUGAAUGAUAAUUCAUCCUGCAAAGAGUAACCUGAGAGAUCUUGAGUGUACUCACCUACAUCAACAUUAUUAGCAGCUCCUGCAGGUCUUGGAAUUUGGAGAAUUGUAUCGUGGGGUUUCUAGUUGGUGGUAGAUUUUUUAAAUCAGUUUCUGCAUCCCUCUAACAGCUGUAGGAAAAGACUGACCACAACUGGAUAGUAAAGUUCAAUCACAAGAAAGUAAAUGAAAAGAACCUUAAUAUAUUUUAAAAUUAGAGAUUUUCAUGCUCAUUUUUGAUGUUUACGAAUAGCAUUAUAAAGGUUUUCUUACAUGUGCGGUCCCAUUUCAUUUUAAUUCUAGUCUCUCACAGGAAUUAAAAGUAUACGUGAAGAAUGGAGCCUAGAUACACAGAAUUAUCUGCAAGAAUAAAGAUUAUAUAAAAUGGGCUACAAUAGCUAUUUAUAGACAGCCUAACCUGCACAAAAUAUUUAUGUUACUAGGUCCUAGUACCCCACAUCAUUCCCUAGUGUUACUACUUUUAUUAGUGGCAUGAAGCAGGCCCUUCAUGAUACUUGUUAUCAGCACACUUCUCAGCAAAGCUUUCUGCUCAGAAAAAAAAGGAAAUUUAAAAGUAAAUAUUUAAUUGUCAAUUUCCUAUUUAAAACUGGACUUUAUUUAGAUUAAUAUCUCUGUUCUUCCUGAUUAUUAUUAUUGUUAUCACUACAAAUGUUAAAGCAAGUUGAAAACAGCAAUUUACAAUACUAUCAAUAGCCUUUGGUUGUUUUAUAUGCUUGUGUCUGUCCAGCUAAUGGAUUAUUAUCUUUUUGUUACUGGAAGCAAAUCUUUUCAGGUCAUGCUGGUACAUUAUACAAGAAGCCAAUAUGACGUAUUUUCUCUACUGUAAAUAAAUGUCCCUUUUUAGACUUAAGUAAAGUAAUACAGGAAUGGGUGUUAUCAUAAAUUCGGUUUGCAAAAAAAUAUUCAGAAAACUAAAGUGCAUCUCUGUACCUAUUUUAGAUUAAGCGUGGCGGUGGGUUAUGCAGCAUUUUUCACUCAGAGGAACAGAAAACAUUUUUCAGAAAACAUUAGUAAGAAUGAGCUACAUCACAAGCCUGACCUUACAGUUAAAACAUUUGUAUUGAUUUCACAACCGUGACUUUAUAAGCAAUAACCUAGUUGUAGAAUAAGAUAGAAUUAUCAAACUGUUUGAAUUACUUUAAAUAUUAUUGCUUCCCCUCCAUGAUUUUUUUUAAUGUAAACUAGUUGCUUAAAAAUUAACCAGAACAUAUAACAUGCAUACACAGGCACCCCUUCUGCCCUCUCCCCCACCCCAUCAAAAGCCAAAUAAAUCUCAAUCUUUUCUCUCCAAAAAAUGCGUUCAUGCUGCAUACUCUGAAAUGACAACUGCACAUGUAAUGUUUAUCCUAAGUCCAGUUGCAAGCUUUGAGUUAUCAAGGCACAAAAAAGGUGGCUUUUUUUUAUAGUAGCAAUAAACAAGUGUAUCCAAAAACCAACUGUGAAGCUGUACCUGUAAUAUAUAACACCUGGAAUCUGUGACAACAGAGAUUUAAAAUGAUAUCAUACCAAUGACUGCUUUAAAAUAGUUGAAAUUCUAAUCUAAGGCUGGGAAAAGCUGCAAAUGCAAAUUCUAGACAGCGAUAUACUGUUACAUGCAUUCAUAUAACUGCCUAAGUUGACUUUUGUGAUCACUGGCUCACAUUUCUUUUUCACUUCCAUCCCCUCCAUGGGUAUUUUAUCUAUCUCUGUGAAGAGAACUAAAGAGGGUCAACUUUUGAGAUCAUUCUCAAAAUCUACGAUGUUGACUGACACCAUUUCAAAUUAGAAAUACACAUGCAGGGUUCAUGACAUCUUUAAUGCUAAUUAAAAUAAAAUGUGUUUGUGCUGGACUAUUUGUUCACUAAUAAAGGCAGUAGUGGCUCUACUGCUUUUUAACUGUCAAGGACCUCCUCCACCAAGGGCUACUGUGAAAGCACAGUGUUUCCCUUUCUGGUGCUGGACUUGCUGUGAACAUGCACGAUCCAUCUGUCCCCAUUUGCAGAAGCUGCUCCUGCCUGACGCUAAGCUGAAAAACUAUGCCAGAGGACAGUAGCAACCCCAGGUUAAGGCCUGGUCAGAGGAUACUUCCAGAAGCAGCCCUCACAUUACUUUGUCAACUAUUCCAAACCCUGCAUAUAAUUGUGCCUCACUCAGCUGUCUCAUUCCCUGACCCAAGAGACAAGUAAUGCACUUACCUGGUGAGGACUCAAGCAGGCUGGAAGAUGAUACUGCCUCUGAUGGAAGCUUUGGUGCUGGCACAUGCUGCACGCUGAUGAUUUCUACCAUCAUCCAUGCCUGGCAGACGAAGAAAGGAAAGGUGUUACUCAGGUGACAGAAAAAAGUCUGAUGGGAUGUCCCCAAGCAGCUGCUUCAGCUAUUCUGGAAUAUAAAUUAUUAUUACCAAAUUAAGGAUGUAUGGAAAAGGAUGAGGAUACUUAAUUACUUAGGGAGGAAAAAGAAAUUAAACAGAGAGAACAUCUCCAGGACUUAAGAAAAGUCUCUUCUUAAUAUAAUCAGCAUUGUGAAUUAAGUAUCUCUGUAACAGUAUAGCACUACAAGUUUUUGUAUGCUUACUUUAAAUGACAAUAAAAUUCUCUUAGCAUGAUACAAUUUUCAUAUAAACAAUAUCCAGGAAUCUCUUUGGAGGCAAAGGAGCCAAAUAAUGCUAUGACAAUUAAAAUCUUAGCCAUGAAUAACAACUUAAUUUUUAUUUCUAUAUUUAUUUUAGCAAAUAUUUUACCUUGCUGCAGUGUAGCUGUUUCCUGGAUGUAUAAUAACUGUGCACUAUUUCUGCUAUAUUGUUAAAAAGGUCCCAAGAGGUUUACAGUAACAGUAAGAAAGAAAACAGCUCAUUUGGCAGAAAAUGAAGGCAACAUAGCUUGCACAAAGGUAUUUUAAAUUGACUUACCUAGAUGUCUGUCUGCUGAUUCUUGAUGAAUUCUCAGCAUUAGAAAGAAUAAAACUCUUUCAUGAAGUAAAAGUUCUGACAGGUAUUGACAGUUGUCAGACUGAGAAGCACACACAGACUAGUAUUUCUCAUAUAUAUGUUAAUUUAACAUAUUUAAUGUACGGAUAUAAAAAUACAGUAUCUAGACAGGAAAUAUAACUCUUGCUGUAUCUAGAGUUUUCUGUGAUUCUGUAUAGAUUCAAGCAGGACAUCUACAGCUGCUCAAAGAAUAUUUGGAACUGCUGGAAUAUAGAGUCUGUAGAGUCACAGACCUUAUAUCAGGCCAAUUCUGAGCUUUUUAGGAUCUCAGUCAGCUGCUAUUCAACUGCUGGCAAAUUGGAAAUCACAGACAAACAACCAAUGAGGUCUGAUAAAAUUACUGAACAAGAAAGUAAAAUUACUGAGGGAAGGGCAGAAAGGGUUGUGUAUUAGCCACAGCGUGGUGUGUCACUCACUUCUGACAGCAGGCCUUGUGAUCGGUGCACCCCUGGACGUUCGCUGUAACUGCUGAUCUUUCCUUAAUAUCUGCCUCAGGCUGUCCAGAGACACCAGUCAUGCAAAUCUGAGAAGAGAGAAUUUAAAUACAUAUAUAAUCAAAUGCAACAAAAAUAAAUGCACCUUUGAAAACACUAACUGUAUAUAACAAUCUGCUAUAUAAAUAUGAUACUCCGCAUGUUUCAACUGGUAUCAACGAUCAUAUAAUAGCACUACAUUUCUGCCUCCUUAGGCUAAAAUUAACUAAGAAAUCCCUUAAUGCUGAAUGUGGUCAGCUUUACAGCAAAGGAGGUGACACAAAUCUCAGAUAACCCAGCAGAUGAAUUAAAGUAUAUUCCAUGAUCAGUCUGUUUGCUUUAGCAUCAGGGGUUUUGUUGUUCUUGUUUCUCUUUUUCUUGUUGUUUUUUAAUGAGUUUGGGAUUAUUAUUUUUUCCUAAAAAAGAGAAAUUCGUAAAACAUAAAUGAGCAAAGCUGGAACUGAGCAAAAGAAAAAGGGGGGAAAGUGGAACGCGGACUUUUAUUUCAUAGACUUGUGUCUAAUACCAAAUAAGUGGCAACACCAACGUGAUGAAACGUUAACACAAGAAAAUGAAGCCAGGAGGUUCUACGUGUUCAUAACUUCAUUCCCAGCAAUGAAAACAAUGACACCAGAUCAGGUGCCUUGUUUCUAAGAGGAAUUUUGUUGCCUUUUGAGUGGGUAUUGACAGUGGUUCAACUGUUAGUUUCCAUUUUGCUCUUUUUAAAUAGGAAUAAUGAUACUGACAUUCUCUGCUAAGUACUGUGAGCCCUACAAAAAGCACUGUCAAAGGGCUCGCAGAUCUUAUAGUUCAGUAAUUCUGUUCCAGCACUAUUUACAGAUCACCAUUGCGGAGCACCCUAGAUAGGCAAGAUGAACAUCAAUGGUUACAGUCAAGAACUUGAGACUAAUUUCCUUAGUGAUUGCUUAGGAGGAAACAGUCACAAUAGUUUGAAACAUCACCAACAUUUAAAAAAGCAUUCAGAAAAAGCCUUCAUUCCUAUUUUCAGUUCUGUAACUCAAGUGGAAAUUCAGCAUUCAUCAGCUGUGGAAGAAACAGGGUCAUGUAUUGUCACUAUUUGCGCCUGUGUUGAAAGCAAAGAAUCAGAAGAUUUUUUUUCACAGCUAAGUACAUUGUUUGAUGAAAGAAAGCAGCUUUCACCACACAGGGUGCAUAAAGCAAAGAAAAACAGUCUCCAAAUGAUGAACGAAAGUUUUACAAUAGUACUACAUCCUUAUACUAUAGAAAUCCAGAAAUUUCCUGAGAGUAAAAGCCUUUCUGCUGCCCUACCGAUUUCUUUUCUAUAAUUCUGCAUACAGUUUUGCAUUUUCAGAGUUUAACUUCUUUGCUGGAUAUAAAGUUCCUUCAGGUUGCUGUAGCCUUAUUAAAAUAUAAAAUUCAAUGGAAAAAAAAUACAAAUUGUAAAAACUCCCUCUUUUUCUUUUUUUUUCCUUUCUGUUUAUUUUUCCCCUCAACAUAAAUGGAUAUAAAGGACUUGACCAGGUAACCCUGACCAAGCCUGUUACCACAUUACAAUAUUUCAAACCAGUACUAAAAUUUGCAACAAAUCCUUGUCUACAAUCUGCUAAUGAGUGCCUAUAUAUACACAAGAAGGUAAACAGUUGUUUUAACAGGGCAUGUUCUUUGGAAUGUGAAUUGGAUUAAUUACAGUCAGUUUUUAUAGAAAACUGCAUUAUUGAUUAGGGAAGAGUGAACAAAGGUAAGAGAGAAUAAUCCAUGAAAAAUGGACAGAAAGAGACAAGGUUUCCAGCUGAUAUGAAGAAAAGCUGGAAUGUAAUCUUCUAGAAACUGGAUAGGGACUGAAAGCUUGAGUGAGGGAGUGUGUGUGUGUCAAUUGCCUAAUACUUCAUCAUUCUCAGCAUCGAUGUGGUUGUUGCAGUAAUGAACUAAAACUUAAGUCACAUAGCAUGGUAGCCACUGCCUAUAGCUGGCUCAUUAGUUCCAGUACCUCCAGCAGAGCUGAGCAAGACCAUGACAAGUAAAGUCAAGUCUUACCACCAUGUGCCACAUGAAGUAUGAAAUUCAGGGCCAUGGUAAUCUGGGACAAAGCAUUUUGUCCAUUGUGAUUCAAGUACAGUUAGUACACAAUUAAGUUGGAAGGAAGAAAAAGAAUUUUUUGCACAUAAACUGUGUUAGUAAGUGUUAGAGAGUUUGUGCAGCCAACAUACUCCAUAGAUUGAAGAAGGAAGUAGGAACAUCCAACAGAGUCUGUACUCCAUGUUGCAAGGGUCUUUAAACUUACUGUCACAAUCCAAUUAUCUAAUAUCCACAUAGUUAGGAACCUUGUUGUUGAAAAGACAAAAAAAAAAAAAAAAAAUUCACAGAUAACAGUAAUCCUCAGCCAACUCUGAGAGCUGAAGUUAUUAUCUCCAUUCUCAGAAUCAAACACUGACAUAUUUAUUGUUAGAUCCUCCAUAAACUCCAAAAAAAUGAGGGAGUCAUUUCAAAAUAUGUUAUUUAUACUCUGUUGUAAAUACUGCACCACUAGAAUCUCAAAUAAAUACUUGGCCAUGGUCAACAGUAGUUCUGUGCACGCAGUCAUCACAAGGAUAACUGUGGCACUGGGUCAUUGCUUGCAGAAUAAGACACUAGGGUUCAUGUUCCUUCUGAUAAUUAUCUCAUCUAAAUCUCAGUAUAUGUAGAAAUUGUUGCUAGGCUACUUAAAUCUUAGAAAUAAAAAAGUAGAAAUUAGAUGUAAAGAAAAAGUAGUAGGGGUAGUUUAUCAGGUAACAGUACAGAAUUGUUCCCUAGCAUAUAUUUUCUAGUGUUAGGGGAGGGGAGUGGGUGUCUCAGCCUACUUAAAUUUGUCUAAGCCUGGGGCUUCUAAUCCUUCCCAUGGGAGUCCAUUAAAAUUAUGGGAGUCCAUUAGAAUCCACCACUAGUAAAAAGCUUUUCCUGGUAAUAAAUUUAAGCAACACUUUUUGCCAUUUUUAUCUCAUUAGUCUCAGUUAUACCCUUGGUAACCAUUACCAAUAUAUUUCCUUAAGACAGACUAAUAUAAGUUAUUUCUCAUCAGAUGUUAUUGGUAGAAUGCACCACCUACUUUCUACAAGAUUUCUAGACACAUCCUAACUGUUUCAGUGGAAUAGAAUUGUGCCAUCCUUACUGAGUGCUGCUGUGCCUAAUGCUAUGUUUUAGAUUUUCAAUGCAUAUAUGGGCUCUAGCACAAUGACUAAAUGGCUAGAUCUCAUGCAUGCCCCAAGCAAAAUACUUUUCUCUGUCUCAGAAGCCUGUUUACCCAGCAAGCCAGUAAAGGAUGUAAGUUGCUUGGCUCUUCUACUUAAUAUAUUUCCUUCUCCUAUCCCUCCUGCUGUACCUGAAAGAGAAAACAACUGAAGUUCCUGUACUUAAAGGCCAUGGAGAUCCUGCAUCACCAUUUCACUAAGACCUGAGUACAUCCCUUGUUUGCUCUGUCUGAAAGAAUUAGCAUAAAAGGGGGAGCAGGCACACAAAGCCUUCUAAUACUGACUUCCACCAGUGCAUCUUUGUACCUGUAAAAGUGCCAUCAAGCAUUGCACAGCUGAUGUUACAGGGAAUGACAAAUUGCCAUCACAUAAUCAAAGAUGACUUCCUUAACAUUGACGAAUACGAUGGAUGAGAGAAGUUAGCAGUAAUAGCUUUCAAUUUUCUGAAAAGAAAUGUAUUACUAUAGCUGCCCCUCUCUUCUUCUCUGAUCACCUUUCCAAAACCAGUCAUAGAAUGAAGAAUAAUUAAUUUAAUAAAUGAUUAAGUCAAGUCUAAUAGAUGAGGUGGGGAGAUAAGUCUUGUAAGGUGAGGUUACAACACAAAUGGAGAAUAAAAAGAACAGGACUUCCUGAGCAAGGAACUAUAAAACAUGACUUAACCCAUGAGAGCAGCAGGGCAGAGAUCACCUCAAAUCUUUUUGGAUUGUUUCUAGUUAGAGUUAGCCAUAUAGUUCUAGAAUAGCUUACAUGUUAUUCAGAGUGUAGGAAUCUAAGAGCUAAGAAAUAAUCUUAUCAUAUUCAGUGUGACAGCUCUGGGCUCUAAUUGGCUGCGACAAUUCAAUCUUGUACUUGACAGUAAAAAAUUAUACUUCAUCCGAUUGCAAAAAUGUAGAAAUUUUCUCACGCAGUUCAUCAUUUCCCAGAUUUGCUUCCAUACCAGUGCAUUAGUUCUUGUUGAGGAGCAGUAACCACAGUUGGCAGUAUGUCUUUUGUACCUUGGGAUUGUUUCCCAGUGAACGGUCCAAUCUCUGUGUAACUGUGGCCACCUCUAUUAAUAAUAAUAAAAAAAUAUGCCCGAUGGGAUUCAAAUAAACACAUACUCUAUGAUUGUGACCUCUAAAGUAUGUCUCAGAACUGCAGUCUCUUCAGUCCAGGAGAGAGAUUCAUUAUAUAAAAUAUCCUACUGUAUAUGUGAAACAAUCAUAAACCACGUCUUGAAAUGUCUUGUUGCAGAUGCUAAAUGCAUUUAUGAAGGUGUGAAUAUAUACAAUUUAUGCAGGAUGAUGAUUUUAAUGAUUAUAUGCAAUGAAAAAUAUUAAUAUGAACUGAAAAUGAUUUUUGGACAAAAAAUCUGCUUUUUUUAAGAAAACCCUUCUCUUUAUGAAAAUGUACAGUAAAUUUUGACACAUAAUAAAGUACAUGAAAGUUAACUUUAAAUAUAGUGAGAAUAAGUUGUGUACAACCCUCCUUUCUCCACUCCACCCAUGGCACAGUGGUAUAUUUAAUUAAAAAACAGAUCACUUUGUAGUUUUUUUUAUGCAUUUGAGAUUUUUUGAUAUCCUGAUGUUUUCCAUAUGAUUUACUAAAUGCAUAAUGGAAAUAGAUCUGUUAUUUUAAAACUUGGCCUGUACAUCUGUACCUGUAUAAAACUAGAUUCAUUUUUGUGGUCACUACAGCACUUUCUGUGAAUUGGCCAAUAAAUAUAAUUUUAGAAUUUCACAUAAAAAA